CCUGUUCCCUUUGUCUGCUGCUGGGUGCACGAAAGACGAGACUGCUGCUAAACUAUUCCGGCUGGCGGAUCCAGAGGAAACAAAGGUCAGGAAGAACCAUGAAUGGUCCAAUAAAGCUCACAUCCACGCGGGUGGUGGACAACCGGAGACAGAUCUACAUCUCACCUGAAGCGGAGAGGAUCAUCUCCAACCUCCAGCCUCGCUCCGUGGACGUGGUGGCAGUGGUGGGGCCGAUGAGGAAGGGAAAAUCUCAUUUUGCCAAUCUCCUGUGCAAAAGGAAGUCUGGAUUCCCGCUUGGAGACGAAAUGGAGUCUAAAACAAAGGAUUUCUGGUUCUGGAUCGGUCCCCAUCCCGUUCAGACCAACCGGUAUCUGAUGGUUGUCGACACUGAAGGCCUGGGUGACUACUCUGACGAGGAACAGAACGAGAAAGACAUGAAGUAUCUGGUUUUGGCCACCCUGCUUUCAAACCACCUGGUCUUCAACCUCCAGGGGAACCCAGACCACAGCUUUGUUUCUCAGCUCAGGUUGAUGGGAGAUCUCGCAGAGCAUGUCCGUGUUCAGAAAGAUGGUAACGACGGAGGAAACAACCUUGGUAACCACUUCCCCGAGCUGUGGGUCGCCGUCCAAGACGCGCACCUGAAACCACCUCAAAGAAACGGAAGACGCCUAACCCCUGAUGAGUUUCUGGAGGUCAUGUUGGAGCGAAAAGACGGCCUCACCAAGGCGAUCCGCUCCCACAACGAUAUGACUGAAGCAGUCAAGGCGUUCUUCCCUAAACGGCAUCUCCGACUGAUUCCUGCACCUUCCAUUGACUCCGAUAUCCUGAGCAACCUUGACAAAGCAGGAGACGACGUUCUACAAACGGAUUACAAAGACACCGUUGACAACUUCACCCGUGAGAUCUGGAACUCCGGCAUGGUCAAGAGGGUCAACGGAGAUGACAUAAGAACCUCAGGUCUUCUCCACAUUCUGCGGUACUACGUCAACGCCAUCAACGACCCAAACGCCCUGCCGUCAGUACUCGGUGCUUACGAGGCCAUGGCAGAAGGAGAGUGCAGUCGGGCUUUUGAAGAGCAGAUGAAAGCGUUUCAAGAGUCCGUGGAGAAAACAGUGAAGCCACAGAUGCCGACUGACGAGGAGACCUGCAACAGGCGCAUCAAGACUGCAGCAGAGAGUGCAGUCUCCAAGCUGUCUGCAGACGUGGGGAAAUGGGACAAAGUUGGAACAUGGAAGAAACGCCUCCAGGGGAAACUUGAGACAGAACGCCUUGCUCUGCUCAAUAUUAACAGCGACAAGUCUAAGGACCUCUGCGAGGCUAUCAUCAAAGAAGUCGACCAGCCCGUCCGACAGAAAGUGGGGAAGGGCGUGUACAACAGAAUCGGUGGAUUCAAUACCUAUGUAAGGGAAGCGGAUGCUGUCUACAGUGCCUACAGGCAAAAAGCUUCUGGAAAAGGCCCAGCAGUUGAGAAAGUACUGGAGACCUUCCGUGUCACGGAGACGACCAGGAGGAACACGAUCAGAGACACCGACAACAAACUGGUGGAGGAAGAUCGCCGGGUUAAGGAAGAGCAAAGAAAGAAACAAGAGGCCAAGGCAGCAGCGGAAAGAGCCGCUGAAAAGGAACGUCUGGCAAGGGCUGAAGCAGCGAGGGCUGCCGAGGCACAGAGGCGUGCCGAGGCCGAGAGGGAUGCAGAAGCAGCGAAGAGACGGGCUGCAGAAGAGGAAGCGAGGAGACGGGCAGCUGAGGCUGAAGCUGAAAGACAGCGAAAAAAACGACACAACAAAAAGUUUCUAGGAAUCUUCUAAAAGAUUGGCUCUCAUUCUAUGUGGUGCUAGGAUGCAAAGUAAAAUUGAAAUAAAUGUAUUAGCUGGUUUUUCAAUAUUGUGAUGCAUUGUAGAGCUUUGCACAAGAAAAUGUUAGUGGUUGCUUUACCGUGAUUGCAAGUACGAAACAAGUCACUCUAGAGGCUUAUACAAAUGGUUUCCUGAGACUGGACGACUAAGGAGGUACGGUGCACUGUCUUGCAAGUUCUCUGUGUCCGCUAGCUGCAAAAUACAUGUUAAAAGCAUAUGGUGCAAAUCAAAGUCGAGUUUAUGUACAUGUAUGACAGGUAUAAUGCGUCAAGAGAAACAAGUAGAAUAUAAGUGAUAUCGAAAUGGUGGGAUUUGCAUUGCAGUGCUUUGUUUGAAAACGUGGUAGAACUGAUAGUGUUUACUUGAAAAAGAGUAAUUUUUUUAGGUUUUAUAUCAAUUUCCUGUGUAUUAAUGAAAUACAAUUUAAGACAUACUGACAUGUGAAACCUGAACGGUUCUGACAAAAACUUGACACACCGUGAUUUACCUAUAUCUAAUCUACAAGCAGAUCCUACGGUAGCAUAAGAUAGUAUCAAAAGCUGCCAGAGGAGUGAAGCCGGCUUAGGAGUGUGUUUUGCUACCGGGGCAAAUGGUCACCUCUUAACUGACUACACUCCUUGGCCAGGUUGGUACUUUCUUAUGCCAUUGUAGGAUCUGCUUGGAGAUUACCUAUAUCAGACAUGCAUACAAUAAUAGAGUGACACUUGCUAGACUUGAACCCUGCUUGAUCUUACACAGAUAGUUCACAUAACGCUGCUGUAGACCGCUGGGGUGAAAUAAAGAGUAGAAUGCUAAUGUGAAAUGAGUGUGUUCAGUGAAUGUAUUGCAACCAAUCACAACUACUAGCAAUAUAGACAAUAGUACUACGAGACUACAUACAGAACAACUAAAUAUUAUUGAUAACAGUACAGUCAUGUAUGAUUGAUCUGGUCUCGCAUUUGGAAUAAAUUAUAAAGAAACUGA